UGUGGAGACAUGGUGUGAUACUAAUCUUUUGUCUCUACACGUGUGUACGUGUGUUUGGUCACUGAUGGUGCUAUAAAGUCUCACACAGAUUGUCACAAAGAGUCAGUCCUAGUCUCCAUCGUCUCUCCUUUCCAACGAGCAGAAGUCAUCAUGGCAACUAAAAUAGUCAUCCAGCAGCCCAAGCCGCUUGUCCUGGCUCCUGGUGCUGACCAAUGGUCCAGUGGCAUCUGCGAAUGUGACAACCUCAAUGACUGUUGCUUUGCGUUCUGGUGCUGCCCAUGUUUCGCCUGCAUCACAGCCAGAGAUCACGGAGAGUGUCUGUGCCUGCCUCUGCUGGACAGUUUUGGCCUCUUCCCACCCAUCACUAUGGCCAUGAGAGUGUCUGUCCGACGCACCUAUGGGAUUGAGGACUCGAUCUGCAAUGAUUGCGUGAUGUCCUUCUGCUGCGGACCGUGCUCCUACUGUCAGAUAAGACGUGAGCUGAUUGCUCGCAACCAACCUGUCACCCUCUUCCGCAACCGAUUGAAGUAAUGAACUUCAGUCACCCUCGGCCCUGAAAAGAAAUAAGCUUUAAGCGUGUUGGAGAAAUGUAAUGUUCUCUGUUUGGAAUUCAGUUCUGAUCCAAGGAAUGAUGUGGAUUUCAGUUGUAGUCUGCUCAGGAAUGAAGUCUGAAAACCCUUCUCUAGAAAUACAUGAUUCUUUAGGAUGACAGACCAUACCCAUGUUUUUAUGUAUUGUAGAUUUGGAGCACAUUGACGUUCUGUUUGUAUCAGUGGUUCAAAGCUUUUGCUUUUAGUUAUGUUGUCCUAAUGUGAUAAAUAUUUGUUAAUAUAUUAUGUCAUUGUACAUGUGUUGAAAUAAAAAAAGUGUUACAAAACGGAA